AUGGACUUCGAUCCCCUCGAGCUUUUCACGCCCGCUGAUUCCUCCAUAAAGUCGGAGUCGCCUGUCCUUUUGCCAUAUGUACAAGCAUCAGUGAAGGUUGAUCUCGUUGAGGUGGCAGAAUCAACCCAGGAACCUCUUUUCGCAGCCGAUCAAGAUGAGACUGUUUUCGUUCCUUUGCACGUUCACGAUCUACCGCUUUUGCGGAUGAAACCUCCAAGUAAAGUGCUUCUUGUUUUCUUGAAAUUGUUGGCUCCGCUCACUGUACACAACUUUGACCCUCCCUCAGAUUCAGAGAAGGACACUGCGGCAACAUUCAAAGAUAAGAGCAUAUCCGUGAAAGAUGCUGAAGAGGCUGUUGCUUGGCUCCACAAUAAGAGCCGCUUCACGUCUUUAGAACUGUUAGCGGCAGUAGCUUCCUUGGCUGACGUGUUACGUAAGUCUUUUGCAUCUCAGUAUAACGGAUGGUUGACAGCAGUAAUAUCGUCAGAUAUGGACUGGCUCACGCUGAAGGAAAAGGAGGAUAUUAGCACUUUGGCAGCGCUACGGCUUGCUGAAAACUGCGGAAGAACAGCUCAACCUGAGUUCAUCAGACAUAUCGAGAUCCCAGGUCUACCGCAGACGAUAUACUUGAAAGAACCUUCCUUGACAGCAGACAAGUUGGGACUCAAAACGUGGGGAUCACUGUUUAUACUUGGAAAACGUUUGGCAGCUAGACCUUCAUAUUUGAAUGGGUCAGUGUUAGAACUUGGUUCUGGGACAGGCUUGGUAGGGAUGGUAUCUUGUCUUCUAGGAUAUAGGACAGUCUUGACGGACUUGCCAGAAAUCCUACCUAAUUUGACAGAUAAUAUUGAGCUUAACAACAUUGAUAACGCAUCAUCAGAUUCACUCGACUGGAGUGAUCCGUCAGAGUUUUUACAGAGAUAUGGGCUGCUGAAAUUCACGACGAUCAUCUUAUCUGAUCCUCUAUAUUCAUCAAAGCAUCCUGCGUGGAUUGUGAACAUGAUGAAUGAGUUCUUGGAAGUCUCCUCAGAUGCCAGUGUUCUUCUCCAAGUACCCAUCAGGAAGACAUUUGAAAAGGAAAGAGCCCAUUUAUGGGCUUUACUAGAAGAGAAUGGAUACGUGGUUCAAGAGGAGGACAAUGAGACAGGAUACGAUGAUUUCGGUGAAACUACGUUUGUUUUCAAACAGUUAGCGAGGAGGAAGAGAGAUUAG